UGGAGUGUGCGUGCGCGCACGCAUAACAUCUCGUCCCGUCGGUGUAUCGCGGAAACCCAAACCCCCUCGUGAUCCAGUGCGAUGCCUCGUGAGUGGAACGGAGCGCGCGGCGUUCAGGUACACGCGCACCGCGCUCGUGUGAGUUUCAUACAUGAAGAAGAUGGCAAAGAGACGACGUUACUUUUUGCGCUUUCAAGCGCCACGCAGUGGAUAUUGGAACCUGGACGUCAACUUUGGAUUUGUGAAGCUUGGGAGCUGGAGGGCAUCUAAAAAUGACUUUAUUUUGCACUUUAUGUUUUAAAGUUAGGAAAAAUGAAGUUUGGUAAAAGCGUCUGUAUCAUAAACGUGGGUGGCACCAAGUAUGCUUUUCCAAAGGACGUAAUCAAGGAUUUCCCUUUGAGGAGAGUAAGUCGUCUCCACAGUUGCGCAUCGGAGAGAGAAGUGCUGGAAGUGUGCGAUGAUUACGACCGAGAACGGAACGAGUUCUUCUUCGACAGACAUUCAGAAGCUUUCGGCUUCAUCAUGUUUUACGUGAAGUACGGAAAAUUGAGGUUUGUCCCACAUAUGUGUGAGUUGUCGUUUUACAACGAGAUGAUUUAUUGGGGUUUGGAAAGCUCUCAUCUGGACUUCUGUUGCCAGCGGAGACUCGACGACCGCAUGUCGGACACCUACACUCACUUUACUGAGGAGGACCUCAAUGAUGAGUUUAGGACGACGGAUGAGGUGUCAAACCGUGCGGACGCAAAACGGGAUUCAAAGUGGCUGGAACGGAUGCGCAGGACUUUCGAGGAGCCCACGUCCUCUCUCGCCGCACAAAUUUUGGCGUCGGUGUCGGUCAUUUUUGUCAUUGUGUCUAUGGUGAUACUUUGCGCGAGCACUCUUCCUGACUGGAAAACUGCCGAGAGCAACACAGUGGAAGAGCACAGGUACACUGACUCUUUAGAGCAUCCAUCCGGGAUCAUUGAGGCGGUCUGCAUUGGCUGGUUCACGGCGGAGUGUAUCGUACGAUUCAUCGUGUCGCGAGACAAGUGUGAGUUUGUGCGGCGUCCGCUAAACAUCAUAGACCUUCUGGCCAUCACGCCCUAUUACAUCUCUGUCACCAUGACGGUUCUCACGGGUGAGAACUCUCAGCUACAGAGGGCUGGUGUGACGUUACGCGUGCUACGCAUGAUGCGAAUCUUUUGGGUCAUCAAGCUAGCCCGUCAUUUCUUGGGCUUGCAGACUCUGGGGCUAACGCUGAGACGCUGCUACCGCGAGAUGGUCAUGCUUCUGAUCUUUAUUUGUGUGGCCAUGGCCAUAUUUGGGGCACUGGCGCAACUGCUGGAGCACGGCCUGGAUCUGGAGUCUCGGAAUGAGGAAUACGCUAGCAUUCCUGCCGCCUGCUGGUGGGUUAUUAUCUCCAUGACGACUGUCGGCUAUGGAGACAUGUACCCCAUCACUGUGCCGGGACGUGUGCUUGGUGGCCUGUGCGUCGUGAGUGGUAUAGUGCUCUUGGCACUUCCAAUCACCUUCAUCUACCACAGCUUUGUGCAGUGCUACCACGAACUCAAGUUUCGAUCGGCUCGCUGCACCAGAAGCCUCUCUGCAGAGUUCCUCAACUGACUGACGUCUGCUCCCUCAAGUUGAACUUUUAUUACUGAUUGAAAAGUCAAUGGCUACUUUUUUGAUGCCAUCUCUUGAGGCAAUUCAAUCACCUCAAGAACACUGUUACCAGGUUUCAGUAUGUGCUGUAUCAGUUACUCAAGGGGUUGGAGGAGGCUACCAUGGUGAUGUAGAGGCCAGAUUUCCUUGUCAGGUACAUACUGCUGGAGGGCAGCUCCUUAUCGUGGCUCAACAACCUCUCACUCCGAGUCUUACAGAUACGCGUAUUACACAGAUCAUGUGGCAAAGGAUUUAGAGCUUGAAUGCCAUUUAGCCAGCCCACGUGUUGGCAAGCACAUAGCAGAGAAAUAGCUCAAUCAUCUUGUCACCCGGGAACCUUUCUCUUUGAUGAUGCCUUUAAUUAUUAUAAGCAAUUAAGUUUUAAAUCUGCACCAUUUUUAGUAGCGUUUAAAAUAUUGGAGGCGAUAAAGCCUCUCAUUUAAGACAGCAACAAACAAGGAAAUCAUAAAUGACUGACGGUAGAUAUAAAACAUGAAUUUAGUUACCCCAUAGUUUUUUUUGUGCAGGACCCAAUUCAGUAUGACAGCAAACCUCCAGAGAUAGUGGGAGAGAAAGAGCAAGAACAAGAGAGGGAUAAAAAGAGAAUUACAAGGACGGAGUGAGAGUUGUGUGGGCAGCUUACAUAGAUGCUGUAAAAGAGAGCAGAACAUAACGGGUCAUGGAGAGAGAGUGCUGUCAUGGAGAGAUGGGUGCUGUGGAUGGCACCACGCAGAGCAUGUCGAGUUCUCCCAGAAUCCUUUACCUGUGAGCGUCCUCAAUGGCUCUGCCUGUAUUCAAAAUGGAGAGAGAGAGAAAAGCCUUGAGGCUUGUGCUCAUCUGGGUUUCACAUAAUACUGUAAGGCUGUGGAGAGAUCUUUUAUAACACAACCACCUCAAGUCUUGUUUUCUCCCCAUGGAGUCACCCAUGGCACUCACUUCUCCCCGACCCACUGCUGUCUCUACCUUGUUGUGGCUCUUAUGUUCUUAAUGCUCUUAAAUAGACCCUCACAAAAAUGUUUUUGAAUUGUGUCAUGGAUGAAAACUUGUAAAUACUGUUGACUGAACUGGGUCAACAUACGCUCAAAACUGUCCCUUUAUGCUUGCAUAAGUGUAUGUUAAAUCUUUGAUCCACUUUAUUUUAAAUACAAAAUGUCUUUUGUCUUCAGAGAAUUUGUCAUUAAAAUGUAAUCCCAUACUCAUCCUGUACAACUUUCCUUUUGGCUGUCAACAUAAAUUCAUCUUGUUUUUUUAGCCAACAUCCAACCACCCUGUUUUCAUUUGCUUACAAAUCGGUGUCUGUUUACAGUGCCCUCAAUAAGUAUUGGCACAGUAAAGACAAAAUUGUUUUGUUUGCUGUGGAGACAAUAAAAUAUGAGGCAAAACUAUGUCACUUUUAAUUAACAUUUGAUUAUGUUUCAACACAAACAUACUUUACCAACAAACAUGUAUACAGUAUGUGUUGUCACCAAAUGAACAAUGAAUGCAUCAGGUCACAGUUUACAAUUGUCUCAAUAUGAUCACAUUAGAUAGAAGUAUUAAAACACAAAUGUGUUUUUUUGUUGAGUUGAUAAAUUGUAUAUGUUAAAACAAGUGGGAAAAAAAGGGCUCAUAUUCACCUUUUGAUAUUUAGACAUUUUAUGACUCCACAGCAAACAGAGAAAUUUUGCUGUUAAAACUUAUGGACAACACUGUAUGUACCUUCUAUUGACAACAUGGUACAUAACAAAAUAAUGGUACUGAGACUCACAUUCUUUUUAAGUUUUACUGCAAUAAUUGGAGUAUUCAAUAGUACACUUAAAACAUUUAAUGAACCUAUGUCUUAGAUAAAGCAUUUGCUUUAGCUUGAUUAAGUAGCUCCAUCUGGUCCCAAAAGUCUUUUUUUUUAACUUGGGGUUAUUUUAAAUACAUACCUCCAAGUAUGCUUCAGGACACUUGAACUGUAGUUUAUUAAUCACUGUUCCCACUCUAAGUCAAAUUCCCUGACUUUCACUGACUAAAAAGCAUAAUUUUCAUAACCUACAGCGGGGUAAAUAAGCAUUUGACACAUCAGCAUUUUUAUCAAUAAGGGGAUUUCUAAGUGGGUUAUUGACACACAAUUUCUACCAGAUGUAGCCAUCAAGCCAAAUGUUGAAUUCAUACAAAGAAAUCAGAACAUUUAAGUAUACAAGUUGAGUCAUAAUAAAUAAAAUGAAAUGACACAGGGAAUAAGUAUCGGACACAUGGUAUAACAAGGUGCAAAAUGGCAUAGAAAGCCAGGAGAUCACCUGAAAUCUGCCAGUAUUGAGAGAGAAACCCUGCCCCCUAUAUCAUGCCCCCUGGCCCCAGAUUUUGUGUCAAUAGCCCACUUAGAAAUCCCAGCCAAUACUUAUUUUCCCAGCUGUAUGUCUGAGAUGCCAUAAGCUUGAUAAUGUAGUGUAUACUGUGAGUUUAUAAAAUUUGUAGCUUAAAUGAAAUAAGUAAACAAGACCAAUAAACAGCUGUUUAGCUUGUAGUCUACCUUGAAAUCAGUGAAGGCUGGGACCUGGAAACGACAUUCCUUACGUCACAACUUAACAAGCGGAUUACAUUUUGAUAAAUGCAAAGAAAAAUUUAAAGCGACAAACAAAAUCCCUGAUAUUCUAUGACGUGGACAAAAAAUAUAUAAAAUUCCCUGACUUUUAACCCUAAAUAAUAUGGCCUAAACAGCAUGACUUUUAAAGAUGUGUCUUACAGAAUGUCUGAUUACUGUCUAACGUAAAUAAUAAAAUAGUUAUUUUUACUACUACUACUACUACUACUAAUAAUAAUAAUAAUAGAAUUGGGAUGAUAAUGUCUGAUAAUCUAGCCCUGUAAUUUUGGAAUGAAUAGCAGUUUACAAUAUCUCUGUAUUUUCUACGAAGUAAAAUAAAAUGCUUUAAUGCAAGUCAAGGCUUCAUGUGAGAUGUUUCACACAUCCUUUUUAAAAUGGCGUAUGAAGAAAGCAAAAUUCAAAGGCAUGGGUUUCCAUCCUGUUUGAAAAUAUACAGCUGCAAAACAUGCAAGCUGGUUGGAAAGCUUACAUAUUACCUCAGUGUGCAUUUCUGGCCAUACCGAUAAAGACGGUAUUGGCUCAUCCCGUAUCUUGGGAAAAAUCCAGAUAUAUUACCAAAACAUGAUAUAUCGCCCAGCCCUAACAAUAGCAAUAACAACAUUAUAAAAGAAAUUCUGUUAAACAAUAAACGGCUUAAUAUUGCACACAAGUAAAUUAAAGUAAAAAUCAGGUGUAGUAACUUUGUUAAACCCUUCUAUACUGAGUUCCCAGGUAAAAUUAACUAAAAUAUCCCACCUUCUUACUUUUUUUUUUAUAAAAAAAUAACUUCCAUUAUUUAUUUUAUGUAAUUACCAUGUUGUCAUUAAUAUUAUCUUAAUUCAUAUUCUUCACAACAGUUUAUUCAUAUUAACCAGCACUGACGUCAGCACAGACCUUUGUGAAUUUGUGAUUGAAGUGCUGUGUUAUUGGAAAUAGAUGGGUUCCCAUUUGGUUUACAAGAAGCAAAAAUGUGUCAGACCAAAAUGUGCAAAGACUUUCCUGCUCAUUAAUUAAAUCUCCUGAAGUGCUCAUGAUGAGAGAUGUUAUCAGGUGAGCUUUAAGAUCACGUCAGACACAAACUCACUUGUAUCACAUGCACGCAUAAUCUCACACAACAACACCCAUUAAUUCAUGUGAAAAUCAAUGUGAAAAUAAGUGAUAUCCCCAAAAUUAAUUGCAGGCUUUGGGUGUAGGCUGCCAGUUAUUGCUUCCUAAUAGACUUUUAUCCUACUGCUUCCCUCGUUGCCAACUUCAUUAAGCACGCAUUCAUGAGAGAUCCUAUUUACAUACUUUAAGACAUCAAAGCACUAAUGAAAAGCUCAGGAUUGCUAAAGGUCAUGGGAACUAAAGGCCACGAACAUAAGAAUAAUCACAUCUUUUAAAACCCAUCUCUCAGUUUGUCAUGGGAUUUAAUGUAUUUAACUCCUGUGUGUGUGUGCGUGCGUGCGUGCGUGUGUGCGUGCGUGCGUGUGUGUGCGUGCGUGUGUGCGCGUGUUAAAGUUCUCGUGCAUGCAUGCGUGUGUGUGCAUUUGUGUAAAAAGUUCUCAUUUGUCACAGUAAAAUGAUAUAUGACACUUGCUAACCCCAGUGUUGCUCUCUUUGGAUAUGAGUUAAUAACUUAUUUUUAUUUUUUGUUGUUUUAUUCUGCUUAUACAAA